AUUCCUGCAAAUUACAAAUUGCUCGGGUUGUAUGUGAUAGACUCGAUUGUGAAAAACGUUAGUGUUCCUUAUCGCAAGUUAUUCACCGACGCGAUCGUGCCGCUAUUCGUGCAUUCUUUUCAGAUGAUCCGUGAUGAAAACACGAGGAAACGACUUUUCAAUCUUCGGACUACUUGGAAAGAAAUAUUUCCCUUUUCAAAGAUGCGAAGCCUCGAUGUCCAAGUUCGUGAACAUGACCCAGCUUGGCCUCUCAUUCCCAAAGAUGAGACUCUAGUAACGAAUCGGAUUCCUUCCGUACCUAAAAUCUCACCAACCAAAAUUAGUGACAAACCGCUUGCCGUUGCCACCAGUCAGUUGACCAUUCCCGUUACAGAGGCCGUUAUAGCGGAGGCUCGUGAUCCUCGACGCAACAAAAAACGGAAAUCUCCACAGCAUGAGUGUGUUGAAAGUAGCUUUCUCAUUGACCGCGAUGGUAAUCGGAAAAUGGAGUCAAUCGCUCGGAAGUAUGGAAAGGUGGAGGAGGAGGUGGAAAGGCAAGCGUCAAAGAAACCUAGAACGCUAUUUAGCUUGAAGGAUCAGGAUAUGCGCUCAGUUUCCAGUGCUCGACCAUCUUCUCCUAAGCUUCCCGAUCAUGACAAACAUCAGGAUAUUGACAUGCGUGUUGGCGGCGGUUCACAGUCUAUGCCUCGCGGUGGACUUCGUUUGCCACCCUCAAGCCCACACCCAUUGGGUCAUUCGACCACCGUGGACUCUGUGCAUCUGCCUCGUGUAGCCUCGGCCGAAUGCCUCCUUCAUAGAAACCCACCAUCAAUGCAUUCACACCCACCUAUACAUGGGCCUCCUCCGCACUUUCACAGAGUUGGACCUCAGAUGGUGCCUCAUCGACCAAGUCCGGAACAUCCGCUUCCUCCACCUGCGCCAACGGCCUUCAGCCGUCCUCACAACGUUCCUCCCAUUCGAGGACCUAUGUGGAGCGUGGAAAUUGAUGGUCUUUCCGAUAUGAUAAAUAUCGGCAUUGAUCCACGCAUGUUGUCGCGGGUACCGAAUCAGAAAACCCCGCGCCAGAUAACUGUGGAUGGAAGACAAUAUCCACUAUUAUUGGAUCGAGUGCAACCUCUCAUUGAGGUGGAGGAUCAACUUCAUGCUGUGCGUUUUCGGUGCGAUAGCCUCGCUUUCAUUAUUGAUCAUCAACGCUAUGUAAUUCCUGGUACAGGCUAUACGAGAAUAAGGGCAGCGGGACGUGAACGAAUAGCUUACCUGGGUGGCCCCGGUCACGAACUUGUUAUCGACGGUCGGCCUCACACCAUUCCUUUCAAUUCUCACUACGCGACAAUUAAUAUCGAUCACCAGACUGUGUCAGUUAUGUACGCUUGUGAAUUUCCGCAGGAUGUCAAUGUUCUUCCUGCCAUUCCCCCCAAAAUUCUCGACUGGGCCUAUCGAGGUCUAUUCGGAUCCCCUGGCAGUCUUCAUCUAGCUCCUCGGAAUCCUUUGGUGGAAUUGGAGCGUCAAUCUGAAAGCCGACUGGAUUCCAUUCGUAGCGAUCAAGUAAGUACUGCUCGUAGUCGUCAGUUGCAAACCGCUCAGAAGCCAACACAGUCGGAAGAAAAGCGUAUCCAAGAUAGGAAUACUGGAGCUCCCAAGGAAGUUGUUGCCUCCUCUACCUCCAUUACUACCCCACAAAUUAAUGUUCAAGAACUGCUGCAGAAACUUAUAGCAGCCGGUAUUGUAGCUAAACCGGACUCCCUGCCCAGUUUGAAGGAAUAUAAUUGGGAAAAAUUCCGCCAACCCUUCACACCAGAAAUUGAAACCUUAUAUAGGGGUUUCCAGUGUGUUCAAUGUGGGGUAAGGUUCGAGAGUGAGACUUCGUCAGACUUUGUUACUCAUUUGGACUAUCAUUAUAUGAAGAAUUCUGCUGAACAUCAAGAACAUCGCAGCAGGGCCUUUUAUCAAGACAAGAAUUGCUGGCUGCUAAGUGAAACAACCAACGGAGGAGCGCCUCGAUUCUCUGCACCAGCAAACAUCUCUGAGGGGGAGGAAGUGAGGUGUCCGUCUUUCGCAGAUGAAAAACUUAACGAAUGUGCAGUGUGUGGCUAUAAGUUUGACAAAGUAUUCGACCGUGAAGAAGGGGAAUGGAUGCUUCAGGGUGCUGUCAUUGAAAAUGGCAGGGCAUACCAUCCGAUAUGCUUGGAGGAUGCUGGAAAGCAGUUUCCGGUGGAGACUGCAGUACCAGUUGCAGGCGGUUCUACUUCUCACGGUGUAUUGAAGAGGUCGAAGAAGGAGCAGUAUCAAGAAGAGCAGGAGAAGGCUGGCGGUUCUGUGAGUCCUGCCCCUUCUACUUCGCAGCUCUCUGUACCGAUAAAAUCCGAGCCCCAUAUAAUAGAAACAAAAAAUGCCAUAGAAACGUUGAAUUUUUCCUCUUCUCGCGACGCAUCUGAUCGACUUCCGUCGUCAUCGUCGUGUCCAGUGCUAAGCGAGGUUACCAAUGUGAAGCGGGAAGAGGAGGAGGAGGAGGUGAAAGCGGGAGAAGCGAAGGGCGAUCCAGCCACACUGCCGCUGCUACUGCCACCGUCAAGUAUCCCAGCGGCGUCAGCUAAAUUUGAAAUGUGCCAAGAGGAACAGGAGGUAAACUUAGGUGCAAAUAGCUCGCCAGUGGUUAAUAUCCCCGGUCUUUCGCCGACGCCUAGCUUGGGUAUUAAUAGUUACGACGAUGAUUUGAUUACUGGGGGGUUAGAAGGCAAUGAUGGUGGUUGUAGUGGCAGUGUUGGUGUUGGUGAUCCCUUAGUAACGCCCGCUAGUAUCUCCUCAAAUCCAUUGGCAGUCUUACAGGCGGUCUUAAGAGGCAAGGCGGCAAUUCCUUAG